AUCUUUCUUUGGCAUCUACAACAAGCAAUCCCAAAUACAAUCUUGACAAACUACACAAUCACAAGACUAAUUCAGUCGAAACACACACUCAAUCGCAAUGGAUACCAUCAAGAACGCCGCCAACUACGUCUCUGAGACCAUCCAAGGUGGUGGAGCCACCGCUUCCAAGGAGGCCAACAAGGAGGUUGCCAAGGACGGAAACGCCAGCCUCUCUACCCGUGCCCAAGCCGCCGGAGAUGCCAUCUCGGACAAGGUUGACGAGCAAACCCACAACCGCAAGGCCGAUGUCCACAAGGAGGCCGCUAAGCACUAGGUGCUGAUAUCUUAACGCCCAUAACAAGAUACGACCGGAGUUCAUCAGGAGCCAGAUCCCAUGCGGAGAUGAUACCCAGUAUUCAGCCCCUUUUGAAGGGCUUGAAUGACACCAAAAAGGGCAUAAUGAAUAUCCUCGGUAGUUUAGUACAAUGAAGAAAUCAAAACAA